UCACUUUAGUACUGAAUGCAGAGGUAGUGAAAUGCUGUUACCAAUGUUGUUGUCAUUAUUGUAUGAAUGAAGGGGAGCAGAACUAUGCUUAACCUGUCCCAAAUGAGGGGGUCCACCCUUAGCUGAAAGGACCUUGUUAAGCCAGGAGCUUGAAUGCCAGAGCCCUGUGAAAGUAAGAGAGGUGGGGACAGGUGUCCCAGCCACGAGGUGUGGCCUCUCUCUAAGGGUCCACCGUCUGGUUUAACCUGUUCCUCUCCACUGUUCAAUGACAGAGCUAAACAGGCUUCAUUAGGAACCUCUUUGUUAUGUUAAAGUGCUCAAAUGAGAGCUGAAAUCACCUGACAUGGGGCAAUGUUUCUGCCCAGCCUGCAAAGAGCUGAAAAUUACUAAGAGACUGAACUGCAGCAGUCACAGCAGAUGAGGCAGGUGGCAGCAGAAGGUGGCUGACAGUCAACCGGAGAACAAGUGGGCUGGUGAGGCAGUGAGCAGAAUGUGCAACUGGCAAGGCAACACGUGGCCGGUGAGGAACCACAGCUGGCGGGGCAGCCAGGCGGCAAGGAGCCGCAUCUGGCAGGUUGGCCAGCCAGAGCAAGUGCAAGCAAGGUGCCUUCUUCCCCAGGUGGGAGGUGAACUCACACAGACACAUCUCUAAACCCUGGGCCCUCUCUGACCAAGGAUAACCACUAGGAAUGUCGUCAGACGUCACCAGUGUGGUGCUCUGCUCUGUCCAAUGUUGAUAACAGUCGGCUGAGUGGGUGUGUUCCCUCUAUGUGCUGGCCUGGCUCUGCGCAGAUAGCUGGCACAGCAGACCCCAAGAGAAACCCCAAUGACCACAGAUGCCGAUAAGCACCGUGUGCUAGAUCAAAACGAAACAGGACAUGCUGUCAAUCCACUGAGGAAGUUACACAGCUGCAGCUGCUAGGAGACACAUGUUGAAAGAGACAAGGCCAGCAAGUCAAUGCACCACUGGUGGGAAGACUCUCAGGAAAGACGCCCCUCAAAAUGUUGCAGAGCAACAUGGCUCAAGAUCUCACAGAAAAAGAACUGCUGAAGAUGGAACUUGACCAGCUGAAAAAGGAAGUGAAGAAUGAAAGGGAAAUGGUCUCCAAGACGGGCAAAGAGCUCAAGGAGUAUAUAGAAUCCAUGGCAGCAGACGACCCUCUUUUGAAAGGUGUUCCUGAGGAUAAGAACCCUUUUAAGGAGAAGGGAGGCUGUAUAAUUAGUUGAUCCCCACCACUCACAGACAAACUUCGGACCCUUUUCUCCUACAAAACCAAGACUGUGAGAAUUUUGCUUACCACUGUAGCGUGAUCUUUCCAUUGGGUGGGGCAGCCCUUUUGAAAUGGAGCACAUCUAUGAGAGGAAAAAAGGGGAUAUUGGAGAUGUACUUAAAUUUAGCAGCAAGAAGGCAGCCUUCUUCUCUAGGCCCUCACAGCUGAUUUCCAUUUAAUUUAAUAUACAUACACAUUUGUUGAACUCGCUGCAUUUCUAUCAAUCAACACUUAAAUCAGGCAUUAAGAAAACCCUGAGACUAUAAAGCUUAACUUCAGAUUUGACCUCUCUAGCACAAGGUGGAAGUCAAUUCCACUUGACUUGUUGGGUGACUGUGAGCAAGUCACUUAAUCUCUGUGACAGAGUUUCCCCACCUGUAAAACAGGGAUAAUAAUGCUUGCUCACCUUUGGCAAAGUACGUAGUUUCAAAGGUGCUAAGUAUUAUUAUAACUAUCACGCCCAAGGAUUUUAAGGGACCUGAUAAAUUGACAUAUUUACUCUGUCCACAUUCCAGGCUACCAGUUACUUGGAUGUUGCUCCUUUAUUCAUUACAUUAUUUGGGGAGAGACCCCCCAACCCCACCCCAUCUGCAUCCAGCAAUGCGCUCAGAGCACUAUGCAAGAACAAAUAUUUAAUACAGAUGUAAUUUAACCAUUUAAAA